UUUAACUCACUGCUUUCCCUUCAUAACGGAUGUCUUGGCUCCUGGUGACUCUGACCAAGAAAGGGGAAGUGCCACAAUGUCGAGGGAGCUCAAGACCAGUUUCCGUGAAGGGGACACCCUGGCACAGCAUUACUACAUCUUGGGUACCCUAGGUAAAGGGUCCUUUGCACGAGUCAAAUUGGCUCUCCACCUUAUGACCCAUACCCUGGUAGCCAUCAAGAUAUUGAAAAGGGGCAAAAUCUCAGACUUCCUCAUUAUUUCUGAAAUUGAACUCAUGAAGUCUCUACAACACCGUCAUAUAAUACAACUUCUACAAGUUUUUCAAACCAGGCACGAAACCUACCUGGUGAUGGAAUAUGCAUCCCGGGGAUCCCUGCUGAAAUAUAUCAAAAAGCAUGGGCCUCUAGAUGAGGAAGAGGCAUGUACCAUAUUUUCAGAACUCUCUUUGGCUGUCAACUAUAUCCACAGUCAGAAUAUUGCCCACCGAGACAUCAAGGCUGAGAACAUCCUAUUGGAUUGGGAUGGCCAUGUAAAACUCACUGAUUUUGGCAUAAGCAAAAGACUGGCCUCUGGGGGAAAAUUCAAAGGAUUUUGUGGCACAGCAAAAUAUUGUGCUCCUGAAGUGUUCAAUGACACACCAUAUGAUGGCCUUCCAAGUGACAUAUGGAGCCUUGGAAUAGUUUUAUACUAUUUAGUUAUCGGCCACCUUCCCUUCCAAGGGACAACGCACUCCAACAUAAAGUACAUGAUUCUAUCCCAGAGCUGGAAGAUUCCAUAUCUCCUGUCCCCAGAGCUUCGAGACCUAAUGAUUAGAUUAAUGACAAUAGACCCCACAAUGAGGCCAUCCAUCAGAGAAGUAGUGGCACACCCAUGGCUGCGCCAUGAUCAAGACAUAUUGACACAAACAGAGGAAAUACCUAGACAGCCAGAGACCAACAUUGCUUUUUAUCACGAUGGAGGGCAGGGUGGUACACUGGACCCUACAAAAGAUCCCAACCUUCCUUGGCCUUUAAGGAGGGUAACCAGUGACCCUAGCUUCACUUUGACCACUCUCUCUGAGCAGCGUGGAGAUAGGAGGAAAAGCCGUAAGAGGAGGCAUCGUGUACCUCCCACCCUUUCUUCUCUUAAGAGUAAGAAGAGUGGCUUUCUGAAAAACACCUCCCCACAGCAGGAGCUCAUGCCUGGGGCUGAAAAGGGCACAUGCAGCGAGGAGGGCAGCAUCAAUGCCACAACUUCAUCAGGAUCAAAGACAACGUCUACAGCCACAACAUCGGAUUCAGGAACCACAGACUCACUCUUCACAGCAUCACAGAUCUCAACCUUUGAAAAUAUACAUGUGGCCAAUGAGAGCUCUGGGUCGUCAGACACAAGUAGCAGCUCGUCCUCCUGGGAGUCCACAACCAGAAGCCCCUUCCCCAGCGAGGGGCUCCAGGGAGAGAAGACAGGCACCGAAUGCUUACAAGACAGCAGCUCAUCCUACGGGGAAACAGACCAUCAGGAGCAACUCAGAAGGCAGUCCCAGGGUGUGCCCAGAGUCCCACUGAGAAGGUGGGGCUGGAAGGGCCCGAAGAAAAGAAUUGUCAACCCCGUAAGAAGCUUAUGUUGCUGCAUCCCAGUGACCAAUAACGAAAUCAGGCAGCCAAUGAAGAGUGCUUCAGAGACACAGGCUAAAACAAGUAUCAGAUAUGGUCCAGGAAUGGAGUCCUGUGAGAAGACUUCUGAGCGCUUGUGAGAAUAUUCUCAAAAAAAUCCAGACAAGAGCCUUUUGACCAUAGUUUUCUCAAAAUACA